UGGCUUCAUUAAUAUAGUCGAUAACUUCAACGUGGUGAUUUAUGACUACUGUGAAUUCAAAGACAAUGAUUUUCUUGCUAAUUGUUUUGUCUUGCAUGUUCCACAAUUCUCUGUCCCUUUAUGAAGAUCAAAUUGGAAAGUUUGAUUGGAAGUUGGAACUAGUCGGAGAAGUCAACCAUGUUCACUAUGAUGAAUCUGGAAAGAUAGUUGUAGCCACAGAUAAGAACGUUUUGGCUUUGUUGAACCUGCGUAAUGGAUCUAUUGUGUGGAGACAACUAUUAGAGAAAGGAUCACAUGAAAAGGUACAGAGCUUACAAGGACAUUUCCAAGAUGUGAUCACAGUUCAAGGAAGGGGCGAGUACGUCCGGUGCUGGGAUGUUGCAAGUGGUGUUAUGAAGUGGGAAACUUUCUUACCAAAUAAUCCUAUAGGCAGUUCGUCCAUCAUGAAAAUUCAUGUAGCAGCUGCCAACAAGCAAGUACUUUUUGUGGAGAUGUAUCCAGGGGGUGGCAUUCAAGCAUUUGUGUACAACAUACGAGAAGGCACAUUGAAGAAAUCUCCCAAAGCACCAGCUCCGUGGCUCACGGAAUUAACAAGCUGUGAAUUUGUAAGCCACAAGCAUCUGGCAUGCGUUGAACCCGUCACAAGAACUGUACACGUCAUCUUGAUUGAGGAAGGAGGUUAUUCAUCAUCAGCCUCACUGACUUCGCUGGGUCUCAAAAGUUCGGAUAUAACAACAGAACUUAAGAUAAAACCAGUUGCUAACCAAGAAGCUGUGGAACAUCCCCUUUUUGUUGUUGAGUUAGGAAACAACGGCUUAGCCUUGCUUCAACUACAGUCGGCUACCGUGAAGAUGGUUAGGGUGUUCCCAGGAGUAGCUGAUCUUUCUACGGCAUGGUUUGAUGGACAGCUUUAUCUUUUUGUGCUUCUUCCGAAAGACGAGAAUUACAAAGUGCUUUGUUUAGAUUCCAGUUCUUGGACAGAACAGCAGGAGCUGGAGGGAACGUUAAAUGUUCCAUCUCAUCGUGGUAGCGUCAAAAAGAUGAUUGUUUUGCCAUUCCUGAGAAAGGAUAAAGAACCCAGUUACAAACUUCUUCUUACACUUGAAGACCACUCUUUAGUCCUCGUACAUCAGCAUGGGAAGGUGUUCUGGAGUCGAGAAGAAGCUUUAGCAUCAGUGCUGUCCGUUGAAAUAGUGGACUUGCCGUUGUCCGACACAGAUGCAAAAAUUGAACAAGAGUUUGAACUUGCUGGUGCUGAUGUAACUACUGCCCUAAUCACUCGCUUAACUACACAAGCUCUCCAGCUGCAGACAUUUCUUUUGGGAACACUGAUGGGUCUUGGGGGAAAAGGAUCUUUUGAAAGUGGUACAUCGGAAUUAAUCAGGGACAAGUUUGGCUUACACAAGGUCAUUGUGUUAGUCUCUGCCUCGGGAAAGGUUUUUGGAAUUGACAGCCUUACUGGAACCAUCAUAUGGCAGACAUUUGUACCUGACUUGGUUCCAUUCAAUGAAGAGGGGCAGAGUGCUCUCCCACUCUUUGUUUCUCGUACUACAGCACACAUCCCCUUUUUUCCACAGUGUACAGUGCUUGGAAAACACAAGAGGACUGGUCAGGGGUACAUUUUUACAUUCCAUCCAAUUACUGGCCAGACUGUUGAUCAGCAGGUUUUAAGUUACAAGGUGAUCCAGACUUCAAUCUUAGGCUAUGUAAACUCAGAGUUUUUGCGUGGGAUCCUGCUCUUGGAUGAUGAAUUAAAAGUAAGAAGUUUCAGUUCCUUUCUUGUUGAAAGAUUGCGGGACAAGUUUUUUAUUUUGUUUGUCAUUUCAGCUACCUUGAAUAUUUACCUGAUUGAUGCAGUAACAGGAAACAUUAUAUACUCAGCUUCUCACAAAAGAACCAGAGGCCCAGUGCAUGUGGUCCAUUCAGAAAACUGGGUAGUAUACAACUAUUAUAACGAAAAGUAUCGUCGAACAGAAAUAUCUUCCAUCGAGCUUUACGAAGGAAAGAUGCAGAGUAACACAACAGCCUUCUCAUCACUGAACCCGCCGUUCCCACCCUUGGUGGAACACCAGACUUACAUCUUCCCAUCUCAAAUAGACGCCAUGGCUCACACACUGACCGAGAGGGGAAUUACAAAUAAACAUCUUAUAAUUGCUAUGCCAACAGGAGCACUUUUAGAACUCCCUAAAGCUUUUCUUGACCCACGGCGUCCAGUUCACCCUCUGCCAGAACACCGGGAAGAAGGACUGAUACCAUAUAUUCCCGAACUUCCAGUACCAGCAGAAGGAAUAAUCAAUUAUAACCUGACGGUUAACCACAUCAGAGGAAUACACACAGCCCCUUCAGGCUUGGAGUCAACCUGUCUCAUCAUUGCGUACGGAUUAGAUCUCUUCUAUGCUCGAGUAACUCCCUCCAAAACGUUCGACAUUCUCAAGGACGACUUUGAACACUUCUUGAUCUCGGCUGUACUCUCAGCUCUGCUACUGGUCUCCUACGUCACCAAAAAAUUAGCAGCGAGAAAAGCUCUACGAGCUGCUUGGAAAUAACUUAUUAUAAAAUUAGAAUUAUUAACAGUAUUUAAAGAUUUGUAUUCUAAUAUUGUAAAGUACAUGGAGAAGAACCUACAUAUGAUCGUCAAUAACAUACAUUCUU